GAAGGGGCAGGGUACGAUGGAGCAGGAGCUGGGGCAGGACAUGGUGGUGGAGCUGGACACACACAUGGUGGCGGUGCAGGUGGAGCUGGACACACACAUGGUGGUGGUGGAGGUGGAGCUGGACAUACACAUCGUGGUGGUGGAGGUGGAGCACUAAAGCAAUGA